AUCCCACCUUUUACACUCAACUAUAUAGCGAAUAACUCAAUAACACCGCCGAGUUGAGUUGCAAACGCAUCGCAUUUCUACUCUACUCAUCGCAACAUUCACAACUUGCACACGAAAUGAUUCAUUUCACUUUGUUAGUGUUCUUUGUGUCUGUAUUUAUACAUUGUGCGCAGCCGCAAACAUGCAAAACCGAUUAUCCUAGUUUCGGACCAUCAAUUCAUCAACUUACUGAACCCGUACUGCAUGGUGAAGGGCCCACAUGGGACCCACGCACGAAUAAAUUGUAUUUCGUUGAUAUACAAAACGGAAAAGUGUUUAGUUAUGAUCCGGACACAGGCCGGACAUUUUUCAUCACUCUAGAUGGCACAGUGACGCCAUUUGUCCAAUCAACCCGCCCGGAUCAAUUCUACGUCGGUGUUAAUCUCACCUUAAUGAAAAUCACCUGGGAUGGUGAACAUGAAGUCACAGCACAGGAAAAACUCACCACAGUCAAAAAUUUCCCUACGAGUCGUUUCAAUGAUGGGAAAGCCGACAGUCGAGGUCGGUUGUGGUUUGGAACCAUGGGAUAUGAAGAUUCUAGCGGUGUAGCACCAAAUGCUGGCUCUUUAUACUUCAUAACUCCUGAAAAUCUUGCUGAUCCACUGAAAAUCAUAACUCCUGUUAAUGUCAGUAAUGGUUUAGCCUGGAAUAGAGCAAAUGACAAGUUUUUCUACAUCGAUACACCUACUUACAACAUAGUCCAGUAUGAUUAUGAUGAUCCUACUGGUAAGAUUACAAAUCCAAAGGUUGUGAUUAAUAUGCAGGACGCCAUGUUGGGUGCAGAUGCGUUACCCGAUGGUAUGACAAUUGAUGUGGAUGAUAAUCUUUGGGUGGCGUUGCAUGGUGCCGGCGCUGUUUUGCAUGUAAAUUCGACAGAUGGUAGUAUUAUACGGCGGGUGGCUAUGCCGGCGCAAUAUGUGACGAGUUGUAUGUGGGGCGGUAAAGAUUUGGAUAUUUUGUUUGUUACUACGUCUAGAGUUAAGUUGAAUGAUGUACAGAGGUUGCAGCAACCCGCAACGGGGAGUUUGUUUGCUGUUGAAGGGUUGGGGACACGUGGUUUGCCUGUUUAUGGAGGCGAUAUUUAGAAUUUAACAAAUUGUUUGUGAAUAAGAAAAGUUUUGUCAGUGUGGUGACAUUGAAAUGACCUUGAAUGAGAAAUCGCAAGUUAUGAAAUAAAAUGAGUGGAAACAA